CGUGCUGACGGAGGCCCGGGAGGAGGGAACAAUCACCCAGGGUGACUUACGUGGGACUGAAGACCCCGUGGGAGAUAAUUACACCCCCCAGUUUCCCCCCAUAAUGGGCUCUCGGGUCAGGCAACCUUGAGCCCCUUCCAACUAUUACCAGUUUUUUUUCCGUGUUGAAUAUUAUGGUGCCACUUGUCUCUUGUAUGAUGUUAUGGGUUAAUGUAUACGUGGAAGUGUCGGUGAGGUUAAAUGGUUUACUGUAUGCUAAGUGUGGAUAUGUGUAUGGUAUUGCUGCUAAUAUAUACGGGCUCAUAACUAGGCCUAAGGCUCUCAGGGGUGUCUUGGUGGAUAAAAUCCAUUUUGUAUUCAAUAUACAGUUCUCCAGCGGGGGUUGUAAACCCUAUCCAAUCAAAUCUACCCAAGUAAAUCUAAGCUAAUUGGUUUUAAGAAUGGAAAACUUAGGUUGAAACUCCUGUGUGGGAUUGGACUGUACCCCAUCUGGACAGGUCUCAAACUUGAACCUAACUUGAAAUCAUUAUUGUAACCUAACAUAUCUUAAUAUGAUGUAAUGGAGUCAAAACGUAUCUUAGUGGAGCCUUGCUCAUCCUAACCUGACUCUGUCGUGAGUGUUUAGAUCCGCUGGUGGGUCUGUUCUCCACAAUAUUGAAGAAUUGAAUUGGAGUAAACAUGGACACAAUACAGGAUUGGAUGUGGCAACUGGAAAUGUCAGACAUAUGUCGUGUAUGCCGGUGUGAAGGUACCAGUGACCGCCCACUCUUCCACCCUUGCAUCUGUACUGGUAGCAUCAAAUUCAUCCAUCAAGAUUGCCUAGUACAAUGGCUCCGGUACUCACGGAAAGAAUACUGCGAACUCUGCAAACACCGCUUUCACUUUACACCAAUAUACUCUCCAGACAUGCCAAAGAGGCUGCCCAUAGCAGACAUCUUAUCUGGCUUGGCUCGGAGUAUGGGAACAGCAGUGAGAUACUGGUUGCACUACACGCUUGUGGCUGUGGCCUGGUUGGGAGUUGUUCCCCUCACAGCUUGCAGGAUCUAUCGCUGCCUCUUCACAGGCUCAGUGUCUUCUGUUCUAACCUUACCACUUGACAUGCUAUCAACAGAUAACUUGGUAUCGGAUAUCUUCCACGGGUGCUUUGUGGUGACCUGCACACUAAGUGCUUUCAUCAGCCUGGUGUGGCUCCGAGAACAAAUUCUCCACGGAGGAGGGCCUGACUGGCUUGAUCAAGAUGUGCAGCAUGAGCAUGAGCCCCCUGGAAACUUUGGGCUGUUAAAUCAAGGAAAUGGCCAGGUUCCAGUACAGCCUGCUAAUGAGAAUGCUGCAGCUCCUAUUGAAGCAGCCAAUAAUAAUGCCGAGAUUAUUGAGCACCCAGCUCAUCAAGAAAUAGCACCUGUACCAGUUAUUCCAAAUAUGGCAGAAGGUAAUGAAGGUGAACUUUUACAUGAAGGUGUGCCAGCCAAUAAUAAUUUGGACCCUGGGGCUGCAGCAGACGAUCUCAACUGGAACCCUAUAGAAUGGGACCGAGCGGCUGAAGAGCUUACAUGGGAGCGACUCUUAGGCCUCGAUGGGUCACUUGUUUUUCUGGAACACGUAUUUUGGGUCGUGUCUUUGAACACGAUGUUUAUUCUUGUGUUUGCUUUCUGUCCAUAUCAUAUUGGCCAUUUUACAAUAGUCGGGUUCAAACUCAAGAGCUGGGUAUCGGCGUCGCACUUUGAGGGCCUGCUGACGGCCCUGUGUGGUUACUGUGUUGUCGGCUUGUGUCUUGUUCUGUUGCAUACAUUGGCCGCAAUAAUAAGACUAAACAGAUCGAAACGAGUGCUGGGCUUAUGCUAUGUAGUAGUGAAAGUGGCGCUGCUGAGUGUGGUGGAGAUUGGUGUGUUUCCCCUCAUAGGUGGUUGGUGGCUGGACAUAUGCUCGCUCUCACUAUUUGAUGCCACUCUCAAGAAGAGGAGGGUGUGGUGGUGGAGGGAGGAGAAGGACUCUGCUAAUGAGGAUGAGGAUCGAGAAGUUAGCUUCAAAGCGGCACCUGGAACGUCAAUGUUUAUCCACUGGCUGGUAGGAAUGGUUUAUGUCUUCUACUUCGCCUCUUUCAUCCUUCUGCUACGGGAAGUUUUGCGGCCGGGUGUCCUCUGGUUCCUACGAAACCUAAACGAUCCAGAUUUUAAUCCAGUACAGGAGAUGAUUCACUUACCGAUUGUGCGUCACACUCGCCGUUUCCUGGCUUCUAUGGUCAUCUUCGGCUCUACAGUUCUGCUAAUGCUAUGGUUACCCAUAAAAAUCAUUCAUGGGCUUUGGCCUUCUUUCCUGCCAUACCAUAUCACACUUUCCAGUGACACCCCAGUGAGUGAACUAUCUUUGGAGUUGUUGCUGCUUCAGGUUAUCCUGCCAGCUUUGCUAGAGCAGGGCCAUACACGCGUCUGGCUCAAGCUGUUGGUGAGACACUGGUGCGCUGCGGUCUCUCAUGUUUUGGGGCUUCGAUCAUAUCUCUUGGGAGACGUGGCUCUUGAUGCACAGGGUGGUGGAGUAGUUAUAGGUGGUGAUACAGGAGGUGGUGUUGGAGAGGCAGCGGCUGGAGCUGAAAUUGUUCCUCAGGCUGAGCCAGAAGGACCAGUAGAGGGAAUCGUGAACCCUGUGGUUGGUGGUGGUAAUGAUGGUGGUGGUGCUGGUGGUGCUGGUGGCGCUGCUGCUGGUGGUGGUGCUGUUGCUGGUGGGGCUGCCGGUGGUGGCGCUGCUGGUGGUGGUGGUGGUGCUGGCGGCGGCGCUGCUGAUGCCUUAGCAGGAGGCCUCGGAGCUGCACAUCAAGCAUUGUUACAGCGUGAUGGACCAACUGGAUUUCAAGCAUAUGUGCGUCCAAGGUGGUUUGGAGUGCGGAUCUUGGGCUUGGUCGUCAUGAUGUGCAUUAGUCUCACUGCAGCGUCAAUUAUGUGCUUAACGCUUCCAGUUCUUGUGGGCCGACAAUGCAUGUAUUUAGCAUUGGGAGAUACUAAGGCAACCACGCUGUAUCCGGACACCUCGGGAUCGAGACUGUCCGAGGAACUUGUGUCCGAAAAACCAGCUGCCCCUUCUCAAAUUGUUCAUGAGCUCUACACUGGUGCAUGUGGAUUGUAUCUGUGUCUACUAGGCAUCCGAGGCAUCACCCUUCUAGCAUCAUGGAUCAUGUUAGGAUGGACUCAAGUAAUUGUUAGACUUCGGCAGUGGGGCAUUAUGGGCACGAAGGCAGUGAUAGCUCUUGUGGUAGUGGCCGUUGUUGUACCUUUGAUGGUUGGCGUGUUAAUGGAGUUGGUCAUUGUGAUCCCUCUUAGAGUACCACUACAUCAAACGCCUAUUCUCUUCCUCUGGCAGGAUUGGGCACUAGGGGUACUUUACACCAAAAUCAUGUGUGCCUUGGUGAUGAUGGGGCCCAACUGGUGGUUGAAGACUAACUUGGAGCACAUCUACCUCGGGGGAGUACGUGGACUGGAUCUUAACUUACUUGUGGGCCAGACUGCGCUUCCGGUUAUUGCUUGUCUCGGAGCUUGUCUGACCGUACCUUACGUAACUGCUCAUACCAUCGCUCCACUUGUUGCUCCACCCAGUGCUCUGAUUUUGGUUGAGCGUCGUAUCUACCCAGCGCUUUUGAUCAUAACUUUAUUGUCUAGCCUCAUCAUCAUGCAAGUUGUACAAUUUACACGCCUCUAUGAACAUAUAAAAAAUGAUAAGUAUUUGGUGGGUCGUCGCUUAGUAAACUAUGAUCACACCAGCAGCCAGCCUCCUCCACUGCUACCAGAAAAUGAAGUUACUCCAUUUGUCAGGUGAAGGUGCCGAGUCUGGUAUGUAUUUGGUAUCUGUGUGUAGAGAAAUUAUAUGAAUUGUCUGGUUAAGGUGCCUGACCACUGUAUUCUCUGGUGUAACAACUGUAAUAAUAUACUGUACCUUGUAGAUACAGUAUGUCCUCACGAUCAGUGAGCUGCAGUACUACUGAUUGUCUCACUGGAGACAUUAACAUGACAUCAUUUAGCAUGUCAUUCAGUGGGCAUCGUGUGUCCUCCAGCAGUGUUCUUGUGAGGUGGGGGCAGUGCAGGAAUACAUGACUGUGUUUCUCUAGGUGUGUGAAAAUGUUUUGCUUGUCCUAUACCAUGCAAGAGAAUUAGGAACAUCAUGGUUUGUGAAAUAAAAUGCUAACAAAAAUUCCAUUUGGCAUCAACAGUAAAACUCUGCUAUGUGCUUCAGCACAGGGGGCAAUGGUUAUCAUGUUAAGCACAGAACAAUAAUGGAAAAUAUGGCACCUUGAAAUAUACUUAUGAAUAUGCAGUAAUAUAUAUAUAAAACAAGAUAUAGGAGUCAGAUAUCAAUAGACUCUUUAAAUGUUACUUGUGAAAACUACAGGCAUUUGAAGUAGGCCAUCAUGAUUUCAAUUUAAGCAAUUUGUCUCAACAUGGGCUUGUCCAAACUUGAUGAAAUAUGAACAAUUGCUGUUAACGUAGGCUUGUUCAAACUUGAUGAAAUAUGAACAAUUGCUGUUAACGUAGGCUUGUUCAAACUUGAUGAAAUGUGAGCAAAUUUCUGUGAACAUGGGCUUGUCCUAACUUGAUGAAAUGUGACCAAGAGGAUUCUGUCAAUUAUAUUUUGUUCCUGUUGUUUUCUCUUGAUUUAUUCCUUAAUAUCUGAAUUGCCUCUUUUUUUUUUUUUAUAGCGUAUGACAUUUUAAAGAUUUUAAUUAUACAGAUGAAAGAUAGUACACAACCAGAGUGAGCUAGUGGAAUGUGGUGGGGAAUGUGUUCAUACAGUAUAUGGCUCUGCUACAUGUGCAGAUAUAUACGGUGAAUAAAGUACUCUUAACGAGAAAAUGAUAUCCAAAUUUUUAUUGCAAGCCAGGGGAAAGAUAUUUAGGUUUUAAUAAAUUCAUGUACUGUAUAGCAUAGUUUGUGCCUGAAUGCCUGAAAUGUUACUAAAAUGGCUGUUUCAUUGUAAUAUUCUUUCAAUCUUAAUAGUCAUUACUUUUAUUUAUCUAUACUGUAUUUUCUUACAUGUCUUACUUGACUGCAAAUUUAGUGCUAAUUAAAUAUAAUUACCUAAGUGUAGUUACAGGAUGAGAGCUAUGAUCGUGGUGUUCCAUCUACCCAGCAAUCUGUCAUAUAAGAGUCAUAUUUCUGUAUAUGCAUUUGUGUAGACUAAAUUUUGCUAAAAGACUGUGGUUGAUAUAAUUUAUAUAAUAAGAAAGAUCUAAUAAAAAUAUAAUUUCCAUUGCAGUUUGUUAAAUUUAGAGUAUUGAUUUAGCCAGUGAGACCAGGAUUUUGGUUCAAAGUUCAACAUAUCAAAAAGUUCCAUUGUAUUUUGCAUAAUGUACAUAAAUUGAACACAAUCUUACGUAUUAUUUGGUGUUUAUUAUCACCUCCUCGCCUUCUGCGUUUCUGUUCUCGUAUUGGCAUUCUUGGUGAUAUUUAGCGCCCUCUGAUUAUUUCGCACUUUGAUGGUGCUACAUAGCCUUCCCGGUUUGGUGCCUUCUUUUGAUAAUUACUUACUUAUCACCUCCUUUGCCCUGUGCAAAAGUACAGUAAGGGGCAGUAUUGCAUUUCACCAAGGUCUUACUUCUAAUAUUUAAUGUUCUCGGUACCGAUCUGCAUUCGUAUCGUGUGUCCUUUCUCUACAGUGUAUCUCUAUCCAUUCAUUUCUUCAUCCUCUCAAAAUACCUUAACCUUUUAUUUUCUUUGGGUAUGAAAGGGUCCAGUUUUGUUUCUCUUGUCCUUACUUGUAUUCUAAAACAGUGUGAUUUGAAUCUGAUAAUUGUUUAAUUAUUUGUUUUAAAAUGUUAAAUGACAAAUUUAUUUAUUUUAUGUCUUGGUUAAAAGUAGACAGAAUUAUUUAAUCACGGAAGCCAUAAUAUUGAUGUGAGGAAAUUUAAGUGGUGGUAAAGUAGUUGAGGUAAUAUGACAUUGAUUGGCUACUGCUACAGUGGUGAUGCGUGUUGCUUUACCAAGCUCAGAAUUGCAUUACAAUUUAUUAAUGUGCAUAAAUUAUUUGUUGUACAUUAUCUGUACAUUUUUGUUCAAUUGAUUUUGUGCUGUGAUGAGAGGGCAUUUAUACACUCAUGUAAUGGGCUGAGGACUGAUCCGAGGGACUGCUGACGUCAGUGAUCAAGGAGUUUUUGCUACCUAUGGUUAAACAGGGUCAGGUCAAGUUUUGCAACACUAGUGAACAAGCCAGCAUAUGAAAGGGGAGACAUUAGACAUUAGGAGUUCUUGUCUUUUGAUAUAUGAAUGGUUAGUUUCCUUUCGUAAUUUAGUCUAACAUUGAGAAUGUGUGUGUGACCUUUGGAUAUGAAGUUUUUCAAAUGUACAUUGCCUAUGAUGAUUAUGGGAGAUUUUAAACCUAGCAUGUCAUUGUAAUAAAAGUCUUUUAUAUUGAUGUGGUAAGAGCUGUAGAGUUGUGGGAAUAAAGUUGAAAUUACAUAAAAAAGGGGCCACUUUGAGGAGAGGAAGGAUAUGUUGUAUAUUGCAAUUGUUGAACAUUUGUUAUUGAUCAAGUGUACAAGAUAAAAAGAUUUUUAUUUUGGGGGGGGGGAAUAAUCUUUAAACCAUUUCAGAUAGUAAACACUAUAUAUAACAGUGCUGACAGUGGAUGUGUAGACAAAAUUAUUGUACUACUAUGUAUGUUCUUGAGCCCUGGUUGCACCACACACUCAAGUGCCGGUAUAUUAGAUGUUUGUCAAAACUUAAUAAUGUUGUGGCUUUUCCAAUUUAGCGAUUGAUUUUAGCGGUCUCAUUUGCACUCUGUACUAUUUUGAAAAUUUGAGUUUUAUCUGCAGUAUUUCACCUUUUCUUUAUUUUAAAUUUAAAAAAAUAUCUACUCUGUUGUUUUUGAGAAUUCAUGUAGCACUGCUUUCAGCACUUGGUUAAAGAAAUGCAAUUUCAUUGCUUACAAGAAUAAUUUAAAGGGUUUUGCAUAUUUACCUACUAAGGAGAGGCAAUAUGAUUUACUUUGAUCAAUAAUGUUGACUUACGUUUGCCAAAUAUUGAACUCAAGAACUCAAUUGUGGUGUCACAUUCGUUUUUGUUGUUCGUUUCACAUGUAAAUGAAAAUUCAGGAAUUUCUGUAAUAAAGGCCAAGAUGAGUCAUUUUGUGGCACUCAUUGGUUCAUGUCUAUGGCACUCACUGGUUCUUGCUUAUGGCACUCAGUGGCUUAUGCCUGUGUCACUCACUGGCUCAUGCAUGUGUCAUUCACUGGUUCAUGUCCAUGGCACUCACUGGUUUAUGCCUAUGGCACUCACUGGUUUAUGCCUAUGGCACUCACUGGUUCAUGCCUGCCAUACUCAGUGAUUCACACUUGUGAUAUUUGGUGGUUCAUGCCUGUGACACUCGUCUUUUAGAGUUUUUUGCCUUAAAGUUUUGGUCGUUAGGAAUGUGGUAAAUUAGAAGAAAGUUAGCCAAUGUGAAGUAAGGUACAGGAUGGUAAAGUAGCUAAAAGGAGAUACUGUACAGUAAACUACAGGGAAUUGAAGUAAGCUAAAAUUAAAAUAUGCUAAUGGGAAAUAAUGUGAGCCAAAUUAAAAUGCCGAAAAGGUAAAAGGCAAAGUGGGAUAAAUGAAACAAAAGAUAAAUAAAGUAAGCUAAAGCAUGAGAGAACAGUAUUGCAAGAUCAAUGAUACUGCAGCUUUAGCAAUAACAUAUUAAUGGGCAAAUUAGUACCUAUUUGUACUCCACGGGCAAACAGGGCCAACCAGCAUUUACUAUAUCGGUCCUAAACGUAUUCUCAGACAUUUCUCAACAAGGUAAUUGAGUCCACAUGUUCUCAUUAGAGAACUGAAACAAAAUUAUUUCCAAUAGAGCAUCAUUUAUGUUCCACAGUUCAUGACGAAGACAUUUAUGUUUCUUAUUUUUCUAAAUUCACUGUCUUGAGGAUGCUUAGUUGUUGACUUGUGCCUCAACACUAAUGAGUAAUUCAGAUUUUAAGUUCUAUACAGGGAAAUUAGUAUUAUGAACCCAUUAUUAGUGUCAUACCCUAGUUAUCAGCAGCCAUACUACCAUUUAUUGAAUACAAUUUUCUGUAUUAAUUUUUAUUGUGUAUUUCAAUGUUUAUUUUGCAUUCUGAGGCUAUAUAGUCUUAUGUAUUUUUCCCCUCCUCAUUCCCUGUUUGUCCUAAUUGACCAUAGGAGGCUUUGUGGUAUAUCUCUUUAUGUCUUAAUCAAAUAAAAAAUUAUGGAUAGGGAAGAUGCACAAUUUAUUUUUGUUUAUAUAUCUGAAGAUUCUUUAUAGUUUUGGGUUCAUCUAGGCCAUAGUUGUAUAUAUGUAAAGUACUGUAAUGCUUUACAAGACAGUACACCACAAUAUUGUGGGUUAAAAUUACUUAUGUAACCUACACAUCUGAAAAUAAAAGAAUUGACAAUGUUUCAGUCUGUCCUGGACCAUUAUAAAGUCUUUUAAUUAUAGUUCAUGAUACCUGAAAUAUUGUAAAUUCUUGUAUUUUAAGUUUUGUGGGUUGGGAGUCUAAUGCUCUACAAUAUUAGCUCCUUUAAUUUGUAUUAAUAUUCUUUUUAUUGCAUAUUUUGUUCUUAUAAGCUUUGAGGUCUUUCCCUGGUCUUUAAUUGUACACACUUAAGCAACCAUCACACUUUAAUUGUAAUUAAAUAAUGGUCGUACUAAUGUGCAAAUGAUUCGUUACACAUUUCAUGCUGUUCUUUUGUCUCUCGAUUAUAAUUAUUACAGAAAUUAUUAAUUGCUUGGGUGUUUGAAGAUGGUCAUGUGCAUAUGUGCAUUUUCUCUUUAUUAAACAAAAGGCAGGCUUUAGACAUUUUUAACCAUUCAAAUAUAUAUUUAAUGUUUCAUAAUAGAGUUGUGCAAGGCUCAACCUUUACAAUUGUCAGUGUGUCUUAGUCGAGCAAAUAUACUAAUAAGACAGUUGAAUGAAAGUUUGGAUUGUGUGACGUUGGGCUGAUUGGUAAAUAUUAAAUAGCCAGAUUUUGAUGUGGUUACCUUUAAUGAUACUUGCUGCUAACAAACCUGUUAUAUUAAUAGGUCUAUGACUUAUUAGGUGGCUAAUUUGAAUCAGAAAAUGUGGGUCAUGUGUCUUUGAGGGAUUUGAGUACUUUCCAUGGCAAGCAUCUUGAAUGAUGUAUAGGAACUCUUGAAUCUUCUGUGAUAUAGACAUUGCUAUAUAGCUAUACAGUCUUAGUGCUUUCUUUUAAGAUUUACAUGCUUGCCUUCCAUGGCAAAUUAAAAGGGCUGAACCUAGAGCUAAAACUUUUAAAAUACUGUAAUUCAAAACUCAGAAAAUUAUAGGAAUGGAUUAUGGAUGACAGCAAGGUAAAAUAAACUAACUAAACUAAAGAUUAACAUCAGUGAGAAGCCAUCUUGCUUGAAGAUGUUUAUAUAUACAAUGGAGCCAUGAAUUGUGCAGAUUUAAGUUUUCAUGACUAACAAAACAUAAGGUAGGCACAUACAGUAAUGCUAAAAUUUAAAUUCAAAUAUCAUAAGAGGUUCUUUUUCUAUAAAUAUAUAACAAAAAUGCAUUAAAAUGGAAAUAAAGUGCAAAGUUUAUAAUGUAAAUAUUAAAUUAAUAAGCUGCCUGUAAGUACACGAUUGAGGGCAGUCUCAUCUGCAUGCACUUGAGUGCUGUGUCUUCACCUUGGAGUAUAUACAUACUAGAGGGAUCCCUCCCUGUAGAGGGAGGGAUCCCUCUACAUGUAAAGUGUCAAAAGUCAAGACAAGUUAUGUAGGUGGCAGUUGGUCCACCCCUCACUUGCAAAGCUGCACAGACUUUGUCCUAGUUAUUUUAAAAUAUUAUUAUUGUACUGAUUAUUACAGUUGAAUAAUUUAGUGGUUAAGGGGCAAGAGUACUUUUGCAUUGUGUAGUAUACAUAUGUGGUUUGUUGCAAUGUAAAAAAGCUUCCUUUGGAAAACCAGUGGAAUUCAUCUCUUAAUUUUUCCAUAUUGCAUGCACAAGGUUUUCCCAGUAACAUCCUUGUGCAGAUCCAGGGAAUACGACUUGUUGAUGGUUUAGGAUGCACCAAAAUGUUGUGACGUCCUUUCUUUUCAAAUGUGUGGGUUGGGAGUGUAAUUUUUAAGCACGUUAAUGUGACUUACCAUCUGCAAGGGAAUAUUGUAUUUAUGCUUCCUUAAAAUAGUGUCAUAUGUUCCAUGGUCAUAUUUUGCAAUGUUCACAUUUUUUCUAGUAAUUCAGACAAGUUUAUUAUUUGUUUGGACAUGCCAAAUUGAACACCUAGAUUAACAAAUUAGUGUUUAGCCCUGUUACAGUGUUUAUCAUUAUCAAGUAAAAUAACAUACUCAUAACUAUUUAUUUUGAGCAGAGCUGAGAAUUUCAUGAAUGGUCGUUCAAUUUAUUUAAUAAAUGCAAUAAUAAGUAUAUGUAAAUGCCAGAGAUAUACAGUACUGUGUAUUACAUACGUGUUUAAGAGUGAAGAAAGGGGAGAGGGUCCAGAGUAAGGGAGAAAUUUUGUGAAGACUGCAUUGAUCACACCUUAUGGAGUCAUAAACGAUGUACUGUGCACGUCAUUGAUAAACAUCUAUAACGUUCAGUAAAACCAAUUUUAGGAUUGUCAGGUUUCAUUAACCCUCAAACUGCACCUAUUUAAAAGCUCUACCUUGUGGUUUGCCUGAAAACAAGAAAGUCUUGAAACUCCAUAAGGAUGAAUCACAUGAUUUGCACAGAGCAGGAAAUCAUAGAUAGCGAUUGCAGCAGUGUAGGGGUUAAGACAAAUUCAGAUUAUGCUGUCAAUAGUUUUUUUUUUUUUUUGUAUAUACCCUUGUUAAUUUUUUUAAAUAUCUCCUAAAGUUUAGUACAGUAUUUAUCAUUGAUUCAUUGAUUGGUAAAAACUGAUUUUGCUGGCUUUGAAGGUUAUUAACCUUGAACUUGCCAAUUUACUCCAUCACAUAAUUGAUCCAAAUUGACAUAUUUUGACACAUUUUACAAGUUCAGUACAUGCAGUACAGUACUAGGGUCUUUUAAGAUGUGCGAGAAUGACUUGUACUGUAAUUACAAUACUGUAUUAUAAGAAUCAAAGAAGCAACAGAUAUCUUAUUUGUUUUUCCCCCCAUUAUCAUUUUAAGGCAAAUUGCAUUGAAUAUACUUAAAAUAUAUAAAAUAAUUCAAACCUAAUUUAAUGUGUAUAAUGAAAGCCACAUACAUUUCCUCGGUGGUUUGGUUUUUAAAGCCAAGGAAACUUAGGCAGGUUUCUAUGAAACCAUUGUUAAUGUACAGGAAUUUAUUAUAACAUUUAAUAAUAAAUAUUGUAAUGUAUCAGUGCCAGACACAUUCUAAGUUGCAGUAUAUUUCACUUUACUUGGGUAAUGUGCUGUUCAAAGAUAGCAAUAUGAUCGAGACAAAUGCUGAGCGGCAGCAUAUUCCACGCUGUUUGGGUAAUGUGUUGUAUGAAGAUAGUGAGAUGUUUGAACACUUCUGUGAUUGCAAAUGAAAAGCUGAAAACAAAUUAUCUUUGUACAAUGAGAUUUAUCAUCUGGUGAAAGAUGAUCCUCUCACAGGCCAUGUAACCCCCCCCCCCUCCUCAUCCUCUCCUGGUGCCCAUCAUUCAAGAUUCUUGUUAUAUUUAUAUUUAAGGUGGACAUUUGAUUAGGUAUUUCUAACUGUAAUGGUAUUCCAAAUUACUUUUUCUUAAUACUGUUUUCAAAAUUGACCUUCCCCCUUUUUAUAUAUACAGUAUAUAUAUAAUAUUCAUCAUUUGUUCCUGAAGAGUAUCAUGGAUAGUUAAGGAGAAAUCUGUUCUUAUUACCCAAUAAUAAUAUAUAUUAUUUUCCUUUUGUUUAGAGCACAGCCUAUCAGAGAGCAAUUUGAGGAAACUGUUUCUGAAAAGGCAGAGAUGAAUUAGUUAUCUUGUGGGUUAUCAAUAGUGCUGUGUACUAUUUGUUCACCCUUCAUGUACAUAUUCAGAUGUAAAUAUCAUUAUAUCAUCUGCUGCUUAUGUGGAAAUAUGUAUAAUAGCAAUUUUCUUUGAAUAAAUGUUUACUAUUUUU